GCUCAGCGCCGCGCCGGCACCCUCGCUCUGCCGGCUGCGGCAGCGCCCCGUGAUACCCGGCGCUGCGCCUUCUCGCCCUCCUUUUUUUUUUGGGUUUUUCCUUCCCCCUUUCCCCCACGCUCCCCCCCGUUCGGAUUUUUGUUUUACAGCGCGCUGAGAGCAGCGUCUCUGCCAUUUACUUGAUCUGCAGGUUUGUUGUAUCUAUUUGGGGGCUUUUUUCCGCACCUUUUUUUGCUGUCCGGCUCACUCCACCCCCGAAUUUUAUCUAGUUGUGGCAACUUGCUUUUUCUUUUUUUUUUCCCUUUUUUUUCCCCCUUAUUAUAUUGCUGGUAUUUUUUUCACUGGCGCCUCCCGUGCGUUGUCCGAUUGCGAGCCUCCCUCGCAGCCCGAUUUUUUAAGAGCAUUUUGUCUGCAGAUCUACCCUUUGUUUGCACAGAUACCCUUUUUAUUUUUUCGAUUUUUUUUUUCUUGCUGUUCGUUGUUAAAGUCACUUUUUUUUUUUUUUUUGGUGGUUGGGGGGGGGCGCUGUAUUUAAACCCUUAAAAUGCACUGCUAUCUGCUGAGCGUGCUCCUCACCGUGGAUCUGGCCACCGUGGCUCUCAGCCUGUCUACCUGCAGCACCCUCGACAUGGAUCAGUUUAUGCGCAAGAGGAUCGAGGCGAUCCGGGGGCAGAUCCUGAGCAAGCUGAAGCUCACCAGCCCCCCGGACGAGUACCCCGAGCCCGAGGAGGUGCCCCCGGAGGUCAUCUCCAUCUACAACAGCACCAGGGACCUGCUGCAGGAAAAAGCCAACCACAGAGCCGCCACUUGCGAGAGGGAGAGGAGCGACGAGGAGUACUAUGCCAAAGAAGUCUACAAAAUAGACAUGCAGCCUUUUUACCCCGAAAAUGCCAUCCCACCGAACUAUUACAGCCUUUACUUCCGAAUCGUCAGGUUUGACGUCUCGGCCAUGGAGAAGAACGCCUCCAACCUGGUGAAGGCUGAGUUCAGGGUCUUCCGCCUGCAGAACACCAAGGCCCGCGUCUCAGAGCAGCGGAUAGAGCUGUACCAGGUUUUAAAAUCCAAAGAAUUAUCAUCACCAGGACAGCGCUAUAUCGACAGCAAAGUAGUUAAAACAAGAGCUGAAGGAGAAUGGUUGUCUUUUGAUGUCACUGAGGCUGUACAUGAGUGGCUCCAUCACAGAGACAGGAAUCUUGGAUUUAAGAUAAGCUUACAUUGUCCAUGCUGUACCUUCGUGCCUUCCAAUAAUUACAUCAUCCCAAAUAAAAGUGAGGAGCUUGAAGCAAGAUUUGCAGGUAUUGAUGACUACACAUAUUCCAGUGGUGAUGUGAAAGCUUUAAAGUCCAAUAGGAAAAAAUACAGUGGGAAGACCCCACAUCUCCUGCUAAUGUUGUUACCCUCCUACAGACUUGAGUCGCAACAGCCCAGUCGGCGGAAGAAGCGUGCUCUAGAUGCUGCCUAUUGUUUUAGGAAUGUGCAGGAUAAUUGCUGUCUGCGUCCACUUUAUAUUGACUUCAAGAGGGAUCUUGGCUGGAAAUGGAUUCAUGAACCUAAAGGAUACCAUGCUAAUUUCUGUGCAGGAGCCUGCCCGUAUUUAUGGAGCUCAGAUACUCAGCACAGCAGAGUACUCAGCUUGUAUAACACCAUAAAUCCAGAAGCUUCAGCCUCUCCGUGCUGUGUAUCCCAGGAUUUGGAACCUCUCACCAUCCUUUACUACAUUGGAAAAACACCCAAAAUCGAACAGCUGUCCAACAUGAUUGUAAAGUCUUGCAAGUGCAGCUAAAGGAUAUCCCUGAAACAGCAGGAUGUGCAUUUGGGAAAAAAAAAAAAAAGAUAACCAAGGAAAAAAAAAGAAAGAGAGAGUGAGAAGGAAAGGAAGAAAAAUAAAAAACCCGGGUUCGUUUUUUUAAAAGGAAAAAAAAAGAAGAAAAAAAAAAGCGGUACUAGUCUGAACUGUUUGAAAGUUUGUUUUUUUUUUUUAAACUGGCAUCUGAAGCAAAACAUUGAAGGCUUUUUCCUACAUUUCACCUACACAUAGUGUGAGAUAGACAAGAAGCAAGGUUAAAGAAAAAAGAAACCUUUUAAAAAAUAAACACUGGAAGAAAUUUGUUAGUGUUACUAUGUGAAAGGAAAAAAACAGGAAAAUCCCAUGAAGUGGAGUUGCUGUAUCUGUCCCAUGCCUUACUUGAUCUCUCUGUAUUGUUAUGCAAUAGGCAUCCUACCCAUUCCUCUUAGCUAUAGAGUUAACAGUGCAUUAUUUAUUUGUGUGUAAAAACUAUCAAAUGAACAUUUCUGUAUCACCAUUGGAAAAACGAAAACCAGCCAAUGUGGACAAAGUGGAGACCAAAUAAGCUGCCAGAAAUACAUAUAAAGCCUAAAGGAACACAAGCUCAAAAGAAUCAGAAAAGUAAUGGUUAGCUUAGUUCAAUUAAAAUAGAAAUCAGUUAUUACAUUACUGACAAACUCUGCCUUUAAAAUACCUUAUUUUUCCUGCCAUCUGCCUAGAGAGACUUCUUGUAAGGUCUCAAACCCUUGUUUUAAAUACUGAAUAAUUUACUAAUAAAGGACACUCUGUUUCAGUCUCAAAGACAAGUCUAUAAGAUUUUUUUUUUACUGUAAAUGAUUUAAAUUGUCAGUUUAGUAAACCAGUGAAAUAUUUAACAUGUACUGGUCUAAUCUUCAGACCUUAAUAUGUUGCUGUAUAGCUAUGCUAUGGGAAUUUUUUUUGUUCUUUUGGUAUAUGUAACCAUACCUAGAAUAUUACAAUAGGUGGGUAGUAAAAGCCAGCUUAAUUGGAAACAUAUCUGUAGAUCUCUAUUUGUAAACUAUUAAAAAAUUACGUACUUUA